AUGGUAGAAAUGUUCUUGGAGGGGAAGGCCGAUAACUGGUUUCAAGAAGUGAAACUCGAAAGACCUAACCUCUCCUGGACAGAGUUUAGUGACCUGUUGUGUGAGAGAUUUGCCAGUAAGGCUUCUCGAGAUGUGGUGGAGGAAUUCAAUAAACUACAACAAAGAGGAACAGUAGAGGAAUAUGAAGAGAAAUUCGAGGAGCUAAAGACUCUCAUGGUACUUAGAAAUCCUAAACUGGACGAGCUUUAUUUUGUCUCCAGUUUCAUCAGUGGCUUGAAAGAGGAAAUUAGGCCAAUGGUGAAGAUGUUUAAGCCACAAACACUAUCAAAGGCCUUCGAGAUAGCUGAACUACAAGAGUGUUCCUUAGAAGUGCAGGCGAAACAAUCACGAAGUACUAGUAAAACUAUAUUGGAGUCCAGAUUUGGAAUGUUUAAGAAUCAGCCUAAUAAUCAGAAGUCCCCCAGUUCCUAUCGUAUCCCUGCAAUUACUCCAAACACCAAUAAGCAGGAAAAUGUGGCUAGAGAGUUUUAUAAAAUUUCUGCAGAGGAAAUACAAUAUAGGCGCAAAACAUGA